GCCGUUUCUUCAGUCUCUUUGCUUAUUCAUUUUUUUUUUUCGUUUGUUUUUCUUUUAAGUUUUCGUGUUGUUUUCUUGAGUGAGCAUUGUUUGCAUUUGAAACGUUCGAUGCAAUGACUCUGUUCUCAGAACUGUUUAACUUUCAUAUCUUUUAAAAUUUGAAGGCUCUCAUUCUCGAUCUUGAUGUCCCCCCCAAGUGGGUUCUUCACUGCACUGAGUUUGUUUUUUGAAAAAGAUUUUCUUUGAGUUUACAGAUUUGGAUUCAAAAUUGGGAACUGGUUUGUCUUCUUUUUUCAUCAAUGUGAUUGUCUCUCUCUGUUGUAGAUAUCAAAAUUUUCUGGGGAUUUCUGAGUGGAUUUCAGGUAGAUUUUCGUUGAGUUUAGAGAUUUGGAUUAAAAAAUAGGGAACUGGGUUAUCUUCUUUUGAUAGAAAAGUUGAGUUCUUGGCGAAAUUUGCACCAAUAUGAUUGUGUUUCUCUGUCGCAAAUAUCAAAAUUUUCUGGGGAUUUCUUAGUUCAUUUCACCUAGGAUUUGCAUCAUUUCUGCAGAGUUGACAAAUGUUGCAUUUUGAAGGCUACUUAGGCAUUAAUGACGUUUUAGGAGUUUCUAGGUUUAGGGUUUUAUGAAUCUGGUGACUAUGGUGAGAAAGUAAGAUUGUGAAAGUUGAAUUUGUUGGUGGGUUUUUUAAUUUGAUUCAAAAAAUCACAAGUUUGUCACAAGAAAGGUGUUUAGGAGAGUAACCCGGUACAUGACACUCCCGCCACUAUAAGAUCUGAGAAGGUUCAGAUGUACACAGUCUUACCCUGCACGUGGAGAGACUCUUUCUGUGUUUCGAACUCACGGCGCCUAGGUUGCAUUGUUGGUGUUCUUUGUGUUUGAUAAGUUAAUGUAGGACUUGGAAGUUGUUUGGGAAUCUGUAAGUCUAAUAAAGAGAGUCACAAUUUUUGGUUUUUGCAACUGUUUUUAGUGUUUUUGAAAAUGGGACACUAUGCUGCAAUUUGGGAUCAUAAGGCUGCAAUUGAAGUGACAAAGGACUGGAAUGGGAUUGAUCAAGUUGUACUCCGGAACCCACGAGGGGCUUCGGUUAGGGUUAGCUUACAUGGAGGUCAAGUCACUUCGUGGAGGAAUGACCGCGGUGAAGAACUUCUAUUCACUAGUAGCAAGGCAAUCUUUAAGCCUCCAAAAGCAAUGCGGGGAGGAAUCCCUAUAUGUUUCCCUCAGUUUGGAAACUGUGGUUCACUUGAGCAACAUGGAUUUGCAAGGAACAAAAUUUGGUCUAUUGAUGAGAACCCUCCACCUCUACACCCUAAUGAUUCCCUUGGAAAAUCCUUUGUUGAUUUGCUACUCAAACCAUCGGACGAAGAUUUGAAGUGUUGGCCACGUUGUUUUGAGUUUCGUCUUAGGGUUUCCCUCGCAGCAGAUGGAAAACUGACGUUGAUAUCACGCAUUAGAAAUAUCAAUGGCAAGCCGUUUCAUUUUUCAUUUGCCUAUCAUACAUACUUGUCCGUCUCUGAUAUUAGUGAAGUGAGGAUUGAAGGGCUAGAAACACUCGACUAUCUGGACAACCUUUGCCAAAGAAAACGUUUUACAGAACAAGGAGAUGCCAUAACUUUUGAAUCCGAGGUGGACCGAGUUUAUCUUAGUUCGCCAAAUGUUAUUGCAGUCCUUGAUCACGAAAGGAAAAGAACGUAUGUAAUAAGGAAGGAAGGGCUACCGGAUGUUGGCAUUGUACACAUCAAGAAAGAAGACGAGUGAGCUUAAAAAUUAUGGACACCUGAGAAUUUAACCGACUAGAUUUGGAUGUGGUGUGGAAUCCAUGGGAGAAGAAAGCGAAAGCAAUGCUAGAUUUCGGGGACGAUGAGUACAAACAGAUGCUCUGUGUGGAUGGGGCAAUAAUUGAGAAACCUAUAACUUUGAAGCCGGG